AUGGCAAGCUCAUCAACACCAUCACCUGGGACACAGAGGAAACCGAAAAUUCCAUCGGACGGCAGGGUAUCAUCCCUUGAAAAGGCGCUUCUUUUUACAAGGGCAGAGAUGGACAGACAUAUUGGAAAGUCUGGGAAACAUAUUGGUGGGGAUAAACAUGCACAUCAUUCUGUUCCCAUAGGCUUUAAAAAGGCUAAAACCUACCUUGAAGACGAAUAUUUACACGAUACUCACACAAACUUUGACCAGCAGUACUUUUAUUAUCGUUGCAAAUGCUUUCAUAGCUUUAAAAAGUACGAAAGCUCUCACAAUUUAAUUAUUGCUUUAUGCUUGAUUUCUGGAGAGGUUGUUUAUGCAAAUUGUGGCCCCUCGUGUGCUGCCGGGAAAUCCGGUUUUUGCAAUCACGUUUUAGCUUUAAUGCUGAAGAUAUGCUAGUACACUCUUUAUAACUGUAGAAGUGUCACAGAACUACAACAUAAGGCAGACGAAAACUGUUCAGCAGCAUGCACCUCAAACUUGCAGAGAUGGCAUCAACCCCGCGUCGAAGGUAUUUCAUCCUAUCCUAAUAUAUUAUGGAAGUUUCUGUUUCCAAAAUACAAGUAGAGGGUGAGCACAAAAGUUGUGGUAUUACAAGUCUGCUUUAUGAAGCAAGAAAAGUCAAUAGGAAAUCAAAACUAAAUGAUUUUGUAGAGGCUGUACAAAAAAUAGAUCCAACUCUGGGGUUGGUACAAACUUGUGAACUGAACACUAAUGACCCUGUUCACACAAGGUUUGGGGAAAGUCCUGCAGGGUCAUUUGGAUCUUACCAAUUUGCAUUCCAGGAAUCUAACUUUAAAGUUACAUGUAACUUAGCUCCAAUUCAACCAGCUUCAAGAGCAUCAAAUUCCAAACCUUCUUAUCCUUCACUGCCAUUAGAUUAUUUGAAUGAUGACUUUGUGUUAGAUCUGCCUUAUGAUCUGGAUAUACUACAGAAUAAACUAUUAGAUGAACUUAAGGUUACUAUGCUUGAUGCAAAAAAGAUAGAAGAAAAUACGAGGGGUCAGCAUAAUUGUAAUGCUUGGACUGAAGAACGCAGGUAUAGAUUUACAGCCUCAAAUUUUGGAAAGGUGUCAACAAGAAAAAGAAACCAUAAGAAGUUUUGA